AUGUCCGAAAUUAAAAGAGAUUCAUUCAUCAUUUGGAGGCUUGGACAAGCUUGUUUGCUUAUCUAUAAUAGACUGCAAGGAGAGUACCUGAGAAAGUUGGAUCUCGGUUUCUGUGAACUGGGGGAUGAAAACAUGAGCUCUGCUGUUUGGGAGUUACCCAACUUGAAAGAACUCGAUCUAAGAGGAAAUUACUUUUCAUGCUUAAGUUUUGGUCUCAUGCGAAUUCCUCGGCUCAAAUUUCUCGAUGUGUCAUCUUGCACAUGCCUUGUAAAAUUAUCAGAGCUCCCAUCAAGCAUAUCUGUUCUUAAAGCAGAUGAUUGCAAGUCACUUAAAACCUUUGGAGAUACUUAUAACUGUAAAUGGCUGUGGAAAGUCUCGCUUUUUGGGGCGCACGAAGUAGGUUUAGCAGCUGGUUACAUGUUACUAGAUUCCAUGCUUAAGGGAAAUUCUAUUGAAGAUCACCUUAUCAGUGUUACUCUUCAUCCUAAGAUUCCAGUAGGGUCUAUAGAUAGGCUGUUUAGAGGGAACUCAUUUACAUUGCGUUUGCCACAUGAUUGGUACAAUGACUUUUGUGGGUUCUUAAUACACGUUGUUACCUUCAACGUAAUUCCGUUUCUUGUUAUAAUCAUCAAGCAAGAGGUAAAUGAAGAUCCUCCAUUUGAGCUUUGGCAGGAAUCUAAUGAAGAAUUAGAGCAAGAUUCUAAUGAAGAUCUGGAGCAGGAAUUUGAUGAAGAACUGGAUUCGGAAUAUGUGACACAUGUGGGAUAUGUUUCCUUUAGUUCAUUGAGGCACAUUGCAUCCUUGAUUUCAACUUACAAUGUGAUCUCGAUUUCCUUAGAUCAAUUUGGGUUCAAUCUUAUAGAGACAGUUGGAAAUAGAAUAGGUGCUGAACUCAUUCUUAGGAAAAGUGAAGAUGCUCCGGUGCAAACAACAAAAGCAGUAAUAGGAGACUCAGAAUUUUGGGACGAGGAAGUUGGCCAUGCACCGGCAUUUACCAUCGAACAUGAUUCAUCUAUCAAGAUUGUAUUGAUGACUUGAUACUUAGGCCAACAAUAUAAAAAAAAAAGAAUACAAUUCAUGCUCUCAAUAUUUUCUUUUGCAUUAUUAUUGUUAAAUGGUCAGUGGUAUCAGGU